GGAGCGGUAGAAAGUGCUUCCGGGUAACGGCUUUCGGAACGUGCAUAUUCUACCGAUCGCAGAAGAAAACGAAAAAGAAAAGUGUCAGGCUGCCCGAGUGGGAAAAUCCAAUUUGAAAUCCUGCAUUUGAAAAGUGGUCUUGAACCGGGACAACUAACUGGUAACAAAUCGAUUCGAGAAUUUCCAGCGCCAACCUGAUUGAAAGAUAACACAGACGAGUAUGUCAUCGGAUCGGUUCCACAAAGCCGCCAAAGAUGGGCUGUUGGAUGUGCUGGCAGCAGCCACCCGGAAGGAUACGAAUGCCAAGGACAGUGAUUCCAUGACGCCGGUCAUGUGGGCAGCCUUCGAGGGCCGGCUGGAUGCACUGCGUCUGCUGUGCGGCAGGGGUGGCGACCCCGACAAAUGCGAUCAGUUCGGAAACACAGCCUUGCACUUGGCCUCCGCCAAGGGUCAUUUGCAUUGCGUCGACUUUCUGGUGAAAUUUGGCGUAAACAUCUAUGCCUUGGAUAUCGAUAAGCACAGCGCCAAGGAUCUGGCGGCUAUUAAUGGCAGGGACGAGAUCCUGCGCUACUUGGAUGUGGCCUUCACCAACUUUGAGUCCACUGAAAAAAAAAAAUGCAAGGCCCUGAAAGAAUUGGCCGAAAAGAACUGCGAGAAACGUGUGCGGGAGUACAUGAAACGGCAGAAUCAGCAACAGCAGCGUCAGGAUCCGGAGUACUCAGACCUAAGCCCGCCCAGUGGCUCUAGCAAAACCGGCAACAUGCUGUCCACUCUCAAGCAGAAGAUCUGGUCCAGCCAGGGCAAUCUGAACAAGACAACAAGGGAUACACCGCCGCCCACAAAGUUCAGCGAUCUGGUUGGAAGCGGUAGCAGCAGCAGCAGCAGCGGAGGCUCCACGAUAGCCAGUCGAGCGGGAACGGUGCAAAAGAGACCAUCUCAGCUGCAAAAGCAGCACAGCAGCACAUGUCCACACUCCAAGAUUCCCAGCGACACAGACGGUGGCUUCAAGGUGCGUGAGGUGGAGCCGGAUGGAAAGCGGACCAUUACAUCGCUGACGGGUCUGCAGCGGGACUCCGAAGUGCUGUACGUGGGCACAUUCAGUUCCAACGAGGACAGUGUCGGCAAGCGCGGCAAGAUCAGCGAUGUUUUCGAGUGCAUGGAGGCCGAUGAGUUGGACCACAGCGAUAGCCGCAGUGGCUACAGCUCGGCUUUGGCGCGUUCCUUCUCGCAGCCGGAUAUUCUGGGCGAUGGUCAGUUAACCCAGGAACUAGGCGAGGAAGUGACACUGCAGCGGCCUGUUGGACUCUUUGACAGACCCACCAUGUUGGGCAGCAUUGCCUUCCGUCGAUCCGUAACCGCGGCUUUGAGUCAGCUCCAACUACACACAGACACCAGUUCCACAUCCACGAUGCGGAAUGCGGGCAGCAAUCCUCCAAAGUCACGAAAUGGCGGAGGAAAGGGUCGCUUGUACCUGAACCUUUCGGAUGAUACGGACUCGGAGGGCGGCGGUCACGAUGUCUAUAGCGAUGAUGACGACGAUGACCGGGAGGCCGGAGGUAGUGCCUUGCAGCGAUUCCUGGCCGUCUGGGCCCUGGAAGAAUACCUGCCAGUAUUUCAGAAGCAAGAGAUCGAUUUGGAGACGCUGAUGCUGCUCACAGAGUCGGACCUCAAGUCACUUGGUUUGCCGCUGGGUCCAUUCCGUAAACUCACCUUCGCCAUCCAGGAGAGACGUAACGCCCUGGCCAAUCCCGGACCCCUGGUAGACAGUCGACUGUAGUCGACAGUAGUUGGCCUAAUCUUUCUAUUUGUUUUGUAAUACUUCAACAUGUUCAAUUAGCCUAGUGUACAUACUAAAUUAAAGCCUAAAUAAUUAUCACUCCAGCUCGCUGUGUUAGCCCGCCACCU